CGCCGGCGUCCGACAGCGCAGCACCGGCUCGCCGCACACGAGUACCGCACACAACAGCUGCAAGCGAGCCUGUUGUUAUUGUUACAGCCACCAAACACAUACUAGAUCAAUAACGUACAUAGUCUGAGCGCCACGUAAUUCGGCCCUGACCCUCAAGCCACAGUGCAGGCACGAGCGCAGCAUGCGGCUGAUCAUCCUGGAGGACGCGGGCGUGGUGGCGGACUGGGCGGCGCGCUUCGUGCUGCAGCGCAUCACGCAGUUCGCGCCCGGCCCCGGCCGCCACUUCGUGCUGGGGCUGCCCACGGGCGGCACGCCGCUCGGCAUGUACCGCCGCCUCAUCGACUUCUACAAAGAAGGCCGCCUCUCUUUCAAAUACGUCACUACCUUCAAUAUGGACGAGUAUGUCGGUCUGCCGCGCGACCACCCGGAGUCAUACCACUACUACAUGUGGAACGAGUUCUUCAAGCACGUGGACAUCGAGCCGGGCAACGCGCACGUGCUGGACGGCAACGCGGCCGACCUGGUGGCCGAGUGCAAGCGCUUCGAGGAGCUGAUCGCGGCCGCGGGCGGCGUGCACCUGUUCAUCGGCGGCAUCGGGCCGGACGGGCACAUCGCCUUCAACGAGCCCGGCUCGUCGCUGGUCUCCCGCACGCGCGUCAAGACGCUCGCCUACGACACGCUGGAGGCCAACAAGCGCUUCUUCGGCAACGACAUCAGCAAGGUGCCGCGCCAGGCGCUCACGGUGGGCGUGGGCACCGUCAUGGACGCCAAGGAGGUGAUGAUCCUCAUCACGGGCGCGCACAAGGCGCUGGCGCUGGCCAAGGCGGUGGAGGAGGGCGUCAACCACAUGUGGACGGUGUCGGCCUUCCAGCAGCACGCGCAGGCGCUGUUCGUGUGCGACGAGGACGCCACGCUCGAGCUGCGCGUCAAGACCGUCAAGUACUUCAAGGCGCUGAGCGAGGAACAUCAGCGGAUGAUCCAGCGCCGCGUCGAGGAGCAGCGCGUCAUACACUGACCUCACUCGCAUUCCGUUACACCGCCACCACCGGCUCAACUAACCUCUCGUCGAGUGACUGCCUUAGCAACGCACACUCAUGGAUACAGAUGCUGCUCUGUAGAGCAUCGCGUGUUCGUGAGCGUGUUGUUGUGAAACACGCGCCAUGAUGCGGUUAUGUUGCAGAGCCUCAUGACGGAGCACAACAAGCUGCUCGAGAUCAUCGCGCGGUGACUCCGGCGCCGCCCCGCUACCGACGCGCGCCUUACAUAUAUACAAUGUUAUCAAUUUUAUAUUAUAUCGAUCUAAUUAAAGAAUACAUUUUUAUAUUGUAAA